AUUUUAUUAUUGUGAGGACUGUGAUUUCUUUAUCCACGAGGGCUGUGCUAAGUUAUUGAAGAAGGUACGCCACUGGGCCAGCAAGCAUUCAAUGGAACUCUUUUUCUAUGUCAUUUUUCACUGUGAGUAUUGCUGGUUUUGGAAUAGUGGGUUUGGCUACAAAUGUGAUGAAUUUAACAGGAUAAUGUGCAUUCGGUGUUAUGAAAUUCCGGACACUUGUACUGUUGAAAGACAUGAGCACCCCCUUUUCUUUGACCACAAAUACGAGGGGACUUGUUGUGGUUGUGGUUUUAAAGUUAUGGGUGGUUUUAGAUGCAAGGACAAGAAAUGCAAAUUUGCCAUAAAUUAUAGGUGCCUUGUGCUGCCUAACAAAGCCCGGUAUAAAUAUGAUGAUAACCAUUCUCUCGUGCUUACUUCCCGUGAUGAUCAUCAUCGAAGCCAAUGUUAUUGUGACAUAUGUGAAGAAGACAGAGACCCGAAUCAUUGGUUUUAUCAUUGUGCUGAUUGUGAUGUUUCUGCUCAUCCUAACUGUGUUCUUUGGGGAUCUCCGUAUGUCAAGCUCGGUAAACCAUUCAGGUAUGCUGGUCAUCAUCAACAUCCUGUCAGUUUAGUGAAGAUAGACUUCAAUCCUCCUAAAUGCAACAGCUGUAAUAAGCCUUGUAGAGAUCGGCUGGCCAUUCAAUGCACAGAGUCAGAUUGCAACUACAUAGUCCACUGGUAUUGUUUAUCCUAUUGGAAUAUUCUACAUACAGAUCUCUAAGGAGGUGAGACUGGUAUUGUUGUCAUGAUAUUAAUGAGAUAUCUCAUUUGCAGUUCUUACUUAUUAAGUAAUUUUCAGUAUGUUGUUUCUAUUUGGGGAUGUGUUUGGACUAGUGUAUAGUACAUAUAUUUGUUGCAAGCAAAUAUUCGAUAUGACUAUUUGUUGAAGUUUAAAUGUAACCAUUUAGUUGUUUGGGUGUUUGUGUGUUUUGAACACCAAAAAUGGUUGUUUCCUUCUUCUUUUCUUUUUUGAUAUUUGAUCUCCUUUUUUUUCUCUUCCCAUUUAUUCUAUGCUUUUUUUUUUUCUUGAUAGAUCAAGUAUUUAAUUGCUUAACAAUUACAAAUAAUUCAACCCUUAACCUUAACUCCAAUUCAAGCUCUUGUUGGUAUUGUGUGAUUUAUUAUGUUUCAUGUAUUCUAUAAUUGGAUCCCGUAGAUGAUUAUUCUACCAUGGGGGAGAUAUUUUCAUGACUUAUAAUACUGUUAAGAAACUUAUUUGUUAAAU